AUGGGCCGAGAUGGUCAGGUCGUGAAUGCCAUAAUGGAUAGGCAGAUGUUCUCGGGUGUGGUAUUGGGUAGCGGGGCUGCGAAGUUGGGGGUUAACUUAGCAGAUUACUGGAGGACUGAGAAGCCUACCAGGCAGACAAGGGGGAAUAGCAGUAUGAGUCGACGUGGUGGCUAUCAAAAAUGGGAUGCUAAGAAAAUGACAAUGAAAAAACUUAUUUAUUAUGACAGCGACUUAGCACCGAGGUUUGAUGAUGAUGACGAUGAUGGAAAAGAAUUCGAUCCACGUCUGUUCAGAGUGCAAGGACGAAGCAUUGGUAAUGCGUAUGGACGCGGUGGAAGAGGAAAAGGAAAUGGAAAAGAUCGUAUGUCGUUAAAAAUUCAUCUUGAUAAUAGACGUGAUAGGCAGCUGCAACGUGGUGUUGGUGGUAGCGCGACUACUACUGCAGUCGUUAUGAAUCAAAUUAAGGUUGUAAAAGGAGCUACAAUUGGGAAGGAUUUUAUUAUGCGAUCAAUCGGACAAUAUAUUGAUGACGUAAAGCCUUUGCUGUUUAGAGUGGAUCGAGGCGACAUAACAUUUUUCAUUGAAGAUGACGACACAGCUGCGGCAAUUCAUGCAAUAUCAAGGCGUGUCCGAGAUCCGAAUACAAAUGCGCCAAUUACUUUUCUGUUAUCACGUGUAUCAGCCGGUUUUGCUACAAUAUCAAUGACUGAAAGAGAACUGAUUGCGGAGUGCUUGAAGAAACGUUAUAAUGUGGAAACACGUGCUCUUGACUUGAGUGAGUUCGGCUUAGAUGAAUGAACUGUUGAGAAACCGUUGGAUGAAAAACCCAUUCUGUUCCGCUCGAGAAGUUUGCAUCUUUCUUUAACUCGUAAUAAUAUUAUGAUGGCAGUUGUUGAUUUGAUCGAUCAACAUUAUGGAGGUGUCAUAGCUUUAAGCAUGAAGGUUCCGUUCUGUUUACAGGGAAACCGUCUUCGCUUCUUAGAUUUCUUUGCAUGUCUUCUUUAUCGUAUCAAAAAUGUAAAAACAUUGGAUUUGUCAGCUAAUCAGAUUGACAAGGAAUCGGAAUUGGAGAAACUGAAAGGAUGGCCGGUCGAGACAUUAUUUUUUGAAAACAAUCCUUUAUGUGGUUCAUAUUCGUCAGCAGAAACUUAUUUAAGCGCUGUUCAUCGCGUCUUCCCGAAGGUGACCAUGCUGGAUGGUAUUCCGGUCCAGCCGUCUGCUUCUUGUUCAGUACCAGAUUUAGAUGAAAAUGCCAAGUUACCGCCAUUUAAGCCAAGCUUUUAUGGCACCGAUGAUCAUCGCGCUCUUAUCGAAGCAUUCAUUGUCGAGUUUAUGGCAGCAUAUGAUGACCCGGAUGUUAACAACAGGAAAAAUUUGAUUAAUGCUUAUGAUGAAAAUGCUACAUUUACGGUAUGCGCGGAAAAUUUGACAGAUGCAAAUGAAAGAAAGCCUUAUUUUAACCCAAGUAUAUAUAGUACGUAUCGUAAAACAUCACACAAUGUCAAGUGUAUGGAAAGAUGGGAACGUUUUCGGGAAAAAGUAAUAUAUAAAGGAGCUAUGGAUAUUAUUGUUGCUCUACGAAAACUUCCAGUAACCAAACAUUUGAUGGAUACAUUUUUGGUUGAUGUUUCUUUAAUAACUGAUAAGCAUAUGUGUUUCGCUGUGGAAGGUUUCUUUCGCGAUGGUUUGGAGAAAGUUGGUGAUGACGACGAACUCAGAUUUUUUUGUCGUAAUUUUGUUGUUGUGAAUAAAGGUGGUGGAAAAAUAGCGGUUGUCAACGAUAUGUUAUUUGUCAGUGGAGUGUUUAUGGAACGAAUACAGCGCUACAAGUCGAUGAUUACGAAUGCCUUAAAGAUACCUCCAGAUACCGCAGUUGCAACAACGGAUGCAAUGGGUGGAAUGUCUAUAGCAGAUAGUACUCAGAGUCUUGUUGCAUCAAUUCCUGAACAACAGGGACCGACACUGGCGGAGCGUGCUGCGGCAGGUGAUGAGCAAUUACAACGACAAAUGGUUGAAGCAUUUUGCCAGGAAAGUCGAAUGAAACCAGAGUGGUCAAAGAAAUGCUUGAUUGAUCAAAAUUGGAAUUACGAGGCUGCGGGGCAAGCAUUUCUGGCUGUACGUGAUAGGAUUCCAGCUGAAGCUUUUCAGUAA